GUUCGAUGUAAUAAAUUUCAAAGCCCUCAAAGAAUAUUAAAUAGAAAAAAUGUCUGAAAAGCUCUUUCCCAAAGACGUGUGUCAGUACAACUAUGCCAAAGAGCGCCUUUGGGAGCGCAGCUACCUUUUGGUAAAAUGUGCGGAACUGCACUUGGAGGAGGAGUACCGCUUGUACCAGGCACGACUAUGGAGCAGUUUUCUUGGGGUGUUCUGCCUUCUGCACGUGCUCAUAACCAUCGCCCACUGCGUCAUACUGCUGUUGACCUGCGAUCAUAUCCACAUGAUAAUAGCCGAUGUGGUUAUAUAUCUAGCGACUUCAUUCGUUAUUCUAACUAUCUUGGGCAUCAAUUUCUGUGAGAACUUCGCCAGGCGGCACUCGUGGAUUACUUAUAUGAGCUCCGUGGUGGCUGCAUUGGCCUUUGUAUCUGCCGAUAUCUUUCAGGGCACAUAUCAUUACUACACCCACGAUUGGGCACUGGAUACCUUCUACGACACCUAUAUUAUCUAUAUAAUAUACAUGUUCUUGCCGAUGCCCAUCAUCUCGGGUGCCCUGCUGCUGGGGGUCACGGUGUCCGUCGUGUACAUCACCUACUUUGGGAUCUACAUCGCCACGGAGUACUAUAUGGCCUACGACUAUGCCAGGUUCAGUGUGUAUAUUGUCCACCACGUGUGCUUCAACCUUCUGGGUAUGUUCUUUCGCAUAAUGAAUGACAUUGUAGUGCGGUCGUCCUUCUUGGACCGCCAUCAGUACAUAAUGGAGAAGAUCUGGCUGCGCAAUGCGCGUCGUCAGGAAAAGUUAGUUCUGCACAGCAUUAUCCCGCCGCAGAUAGCGAAACCCAUUCAAGACGAUAUACAAAAUAGACUUGCCAGAAAAGUACGCGGACUCGCUGCGCGUCGCUCACCGGGCGUCAUGGAGCAUGUCAUGGCCAUUCAGAUCCAUCCCGAGGUCACGGUGUUGUAUGCGGAUGUCGUCAACUAUACGCAUCUGACGACCACUGUGAACGUGGAGAAGUUGGUGAGGCUGUUGCACGACCUCUUCGUAAGGUUCGAUUUGGCAGCCACACAAUUUGAGGUUCAGCGAAUCAAGUUCUUGGGCGACUGCUACUACUGUGUGGCAGGUCUAACGCCGCCGAGUCCCGACCACGCCAAGAGUUGUGUAGGUCUGGGUCUGUCCAUGAUCUCCCAUAUUCAGGAAGUUCGGAGGGAACACGAAGUGCCCAUCAAUAUGCGCAUUGGGGUCCAUUCGGGUAGCGUGAUUGCUGGAGUCAUCGGCGAAGCGAAGCUGCAGUACGAUAUAUGGGGUACCGACGUGACAAUUGCCAAUCACUUAGAAUCCACCGGGACACCGGGAUUCGUCCAUGUUAGUGCCAGCACUUUAAAGGAACUAGAACCCAGCGAAUAUACGAUAAUUCCUGGCACCGAUGCAGCCUUGGAGGAUCCCGUUCUAGGCAAAAACAAUAUCACAACGUUUCUGAUUUCUGCUCAGACUUCUCACCAUUCCCCCAGUCGUUCCCUAGAGAGGAUUGAUUCAUAUGCUGACAUCGAUAUAUACGCUAGACCCGAUAUAUACCGCACUAAAACGAUCAACGAAGAGUUGCGUCAGGAGUUUCGAAUGAUGCCAGUCUGUAGUUUCAAACAAAUCUUCUCCUGGAGAAAGCGAAACCAGUCUAUCGACCUUCCUUCGCCCGGGGUCACCAAAUUCUGCCUGGUCUAUCGGGAUUCCAACCUAGAGUGCAAGUACUUGCACUCGCCGGACCUAAUGUUCAAGUACAGCAUGUUGCUGGCUUGGAGCAUGGGUUGCAGCCUGGCCUACAUUCAGCUGUUGACUCAAAACCGGAACCUACUACUUGAAGCCAUAGUGCUGGACGCUGUAGUCUUAACUUGUCUGACCGUCUUGCUUGUCAUAUCUUGGUACAAGAAAUUGUGCUGGCUUAGAUAUGGCAAUAAUGAGAACGAUAGGCACAGAUUCGGCAAACUAAGCUGCUGUAUAUUUCGCACCAGUGAGAAGAUCCAAGCGAGCCUCAGCCUCCGCAUUUGCAUCUACCUCUUCAUCAUUUGUGCGUACAAUUCCAUGAUCUGCAUCGUACUGAUGGGAUGCGAUCGCGAGGAGCUGGAAGUGAUGUACAUCGAGAGUAAACUGUAUCACUAUGAGGCCGAUAUGAAUGUGUGCUUCAAUCCCUGGUUGAUCUCCAAUAUGAUGGCCCUUACCAUUGGCAUGUGCUUCACGUUCACGAGUGUUCCGUUCGUCUUGAAGAUAGUUGUCUGUCUACUGAUGACGAUCUCCUAUCUGGUGGUUAUACUAAUCCAGUUCCAGUUCGUUUUCCAUCACAGUGUCACCACAAAUCCCUUUUUUUCGGCAGAAUACGCACAUAGUUUGCUCGUUGUCAUCGCUUUUGUAACCCUGUAUCUGAAGGAGCGACACGCGGAGUUCACAAACAAAGUCAACUUCAAUUGGCGCGUGGAGCUGAAAAAAAAGCAGAGAGAUGCCCAUAUAACUAACCACUCGAUAAUAAUUCUCCUGAAUAACAUACUUCCAGCUCAUGUUGUCAACGUCUACCUUACAUCUCUCGAAAAACAUGAGCUGUACUACGAGGAGUAUAAAAUAGUUUCCGUCAUGUUUGCCACUCUACAGAACUUUGAAAUGAACAUCAGAGGCUUGCGUCUGCUGAACGAGAUCAUCACAGAGUUUGAUAGAUUGUUGCAUCACUACAAAGACAAUUACUUGGUGGAGAAGAUCAAAAUUGUGGGCUGCACUUAUAUGGCAGCUUGUGGACUGGACGUCAGCUUUGCCGAUCGUGUCAGCAUCGAGUGGGAAAGAAGAGACUCGCUAAUGUCAGAGGUGGAACAGGCCCGGAUGGUUCGCAGACGAUCUUCGAGAAUGUCAGAGAAAAGUCAAAAGGAAGAUCUUGGCGAAGAGGUCGUCUUUGUGAUGACCACGUUUGCCCUGGACCUAAUGCGCACCCUCUGGAUGAUCAACAAGGCCUAUGAGACGACAACCUAUGACAAGUCCGUCAUCAGCCCAGACAUGACCAUCGGCAUCUCCAGUGGCGAGGUGAUGGCCGGCGUUGUGGGCGCCUCUCACCCGCACUACGACAUCUGGGGACACCCCGUUAACAUGGCCUCCCGCAUGGACUCCAAGGGCCUGAUUGGCCACAUCCACGUGACCGAGGAGACAGCCAUUCUGUUGCGUGAGUUCGGCGUUGACUGCAUCUAUCGUGGGAUGACAUUCGUGAAAGGCGCCGGGCCAAUGCCCACGUACUUUGUGGCCAUUGAUGAUAAUUAUGACUUUGUCACCACCACAGCCAAGCGAACGCCUAGGCAUCAAUAUCGGGAAAGGGAUGAGUAUCCGCUGGAAAGCGAAUCGAUGCUUGGCUUCUCUGGAGUCGAUGACGACGAUAGUAACGAUGAAAAAUACAUAUAAAUAGGAGCUAUUUUAAUGGGAGUUAUUGCAAAGCAAAGCCGGCUUGCCUUCUGUUUUCUUUGCGUGACCUGCACUUUCCCUUCCAAAUAUUAUUAAUGAUUUUCUACGCCUACCAAUUAAAAGUGUCAAAAGCAGAAGCAGCCGGAACCUUUGGUCUUGCCUUGGCUUUGUAAUUGAAUCAA